GCGACAAAACACGACCACCUUCUUCAAGCCCCUCCAGUAUUAUUCGUCGCACUUCCUCCCUGGAUACACUUGCAGCUCCGUAUCUUGCUGGGCACUGGCCUCGUGACAGUCAUGGGCAAGCUGCACCUUGCAUGAGGGACAAAGCUACACAAACGGAGAGUGCAUGGGCUGAAGAGUAUGCUGAAAAGAAGAAAGGAUCCCAUAAGCGCUCAGCAUCGUGGGGCAGUACAGAUCAACUUAAAGAGAUUGCAAAAUUACGCCAGCAAUUACAAAGAAGUAAACACAGCAGUCGUCAUCAUCGAGAUAAAGAAAGACAGUCUCCAUUCCAUGGCAACCAUGCAGCUAUUAACCAGUGUCAGGCUCCUGUUCCAAAGAGUACACUUGUUCCAGUAAUUCCCAUCACCAAAUCAACUGGUUCUCGGUUCCGGAAUAGUGUGGAAGGACUAAAUCAGGAGAUUGAAAUAAUAAUUAAGGAGACUGGGGAAAAGGAAGAGCAACUUAUACCACAGGAUAUUCCAGAUGGCCACCGUGCACCUCCUCCCCUUGCACAGAGAAGUAGCAGCACACGAAGCAUUGACACACAGACCCCUGGUGGGGCAGAUAAGGGAAGCAACAACAGCAGCCGCUCUCAGUCUGUGUCUCCAACAUCCUUCCUCACCAUCUCCAAUGAAGGCAGUGAGGAGAGUCCUUGUUCAGCUGAUGACCUGCUUGUUGAUCCAAGGGAUAAAGAGAAUGGGAACAACUCUCCUUUGCCCAAAUAUGCAACUUCACCAAAACCUAACAACAGUUACAUGUUUAAAAGGGAACCUCCUGAAGGCUGUGAAAGAGUCAAAGUCUUUGAGGAAUGCUCGCCAAAACAACUUCAUGAAAUCCCAGCCUUUUACUGUCCUGACAAAAACAAGGUGAAUUUCAUUCCUAAAAGCGGCUCUGCUUUCUGCCUCGUCAGCAUCCUUAAGCCACUCCUUCCCACACCGGAUCUUACCCUCAAGGGCUCUGGCCACAGCCUAACAGUCACCACUGGCAUGACAACCACUCUGCUUCAGCCCAUCGCCGUGGCCUCCCUUUCUACAAACACAGAGCAAGAUCGAGUCUCUCGAGGAACCAGUACAGUUCUGCCAUCAGCCUCCCUACUCCCACCACCAGAACCAAUUGAGGAAGCUGAAGGAUAGGUCCCAGUGCUGUGUGGCCAUGGUUCUGAGAAACUGAGGACCUCCUCGCAUCUUUUGACUGUGCUGGCAUUAUUUGUCCCCGGUUGGCUGUGACAUGCUCCAGCUCUCCAAUGACAUGUGACAGGAGGCUUCUGGAAGAAAGCAGCCCUUCUGACUGCUCUGCCCCACUCAUGAAGACCAACCCUCAGUGCUUAGCCUGUUUUUUUCUUAAAGCACUGAUUGAAAUAAGAAAGGUCUCAUUCUUUACUUUUGGAGGGACAGUGUCACAUUGUUUGUUUUCAAAUUAGACUUGUAUACACACACACACACACACACAAACACACACACCCUGAUCCCCUGCAAACAUGAUUUCUGAGGGAGAUGUGGAUGAUGCUGCAAGAACCAUCUUUUAUAUGAAAACUACUAUUUUAUAAUACCAAUGUUACAUUUCUGAAACGUAGCAAACAAGGAUGUUCAACAGAUUCUUUGGUGGCCUCUGUUUCUUGUUUCCCUUUCUAGAUGUGUGCUUUUCUCAGCUGUUUUCAGCUUUGGGACCAAAGGGAUUGUUGAUGUUUUCCUAACAAUGUUAAUCUCAUGACUAUGUUCUUCUCCCAAAUAAGAAUUGAUAGGUAAAUGCAUUGAACAAAUAUAUAAAAAGAGAUAAGAAGCAAUAUUUGUAUUACAUUAUGUGAUUUAUGUUUUUUGAUGUCAGGUUUGUGCUUUGAGUGAAAUAUUUGUAAAACUGUUGUUUUCGUCAUUAUUCUUGUAUACAUUUCACUAUGUGGUCAAAAAAGUUGCAGUCUAAAGACAAGUGCUUUAAUAUUUUCUCACCCAUAUUGGAACUUGGUUUAAAAGUCAGUGAGCCAAAAAGGAAACUAUCCAGUGUUGAAUGCUAGGUAGGAGUAAGGAGCCCUUUGGUUUUCUGUGAAACGUAUAUUGUGAUCGCCCUCCUCUGCCAAAUGUCUUUCUACCUUUAAUCAUCACUGUAUCAUAGCCCCAAGAGACCCUAAAAUGGCUGUGCAUGGAUUUCCUCCUUUGCUUUCGUGAUGUUGUUUUGUGGAUUUGGUCGGGUUUAGUAAUUUGCCAGGAGUGUAAUCCAUUGAAUAGCAAUCCGUAGCUGCAGAAUCUUGAUACUGACUUUUCUUUACAUGGUUGGCACUAAGAUUUGUUGCCUACAGAUUUUGCUAGGUUCUUCUCCAACAUUCCAUACAGUGGGGAAAACAGAUGAGAAGAGCUUCGGAGCAUAAACAAAAGGCACCUUUGAAAAUCCACACAAUUUUGGAUUUGGCCUCAUCCUAAUAAAACCAUUGCCAGUAUCACUUGACAGUAUUUCAUUUCUAAGUAUGGGGUAGUAAAAUUAAGGAGCAACUCUUUUUUAAGAAUUAAUUUCAGCAAACAGUGUUGAGAAAAAUGCAUCCUUUUAAUAUCUUCAGAUACUAUCUUAAGAUGCAAUAAUUUACUAAUCCUAUACAAAUGAUAGGCAGAAAAAAAAACCAAAAACUCAAGUCCUUACAAAAGGAUACCAUUUUAAAGUAUUCCCUGAAGGAAAACCUAGGAGUAGCAAUAAAUCUUCGGAAAGGACUUAAUACCUUUAAAACAUCUAAGCAUUUAAAAUAUGUCCUAUUUGGUUUAAAAUGGAGAUUUAGGUAAAACAGAUAAGUUUAAACAUUUAAAUUGAGUCUGUCCAGUUCUAGUUGGUAAGACUGAUAAAUUUUGUUAUUUUUUUCCAUCCAAAACUUUAUUUGCUAGGAACUAGUAUUGUAGCUUCUAACUUAACAUUCAACCAUGCGGGAUCUUGAUUUUCUGAUUGUUGUUUUGUUUGUUUUUUAAUUACUUAAUUGGUUUUCAAUUUCUGGUUGGUUUUUUUCCUUUGCGUUCUUUAUUACCACUCUUGACUUUGCUAGUUUACAAUGAUUAUCUGUUCUAACAGAAGUACAAAAGGUAAAAUUGGGUGAGUUGCUAAUGAAUGGGGUUAGAAGGUAGCUAAACAAGGUUUUGUUAAUCUUUUUUUUUUUUAACUUAAAUUCUAUUGUCUGUAUUUUUUCCUUUGCCUUACACCUCCUUUCCUUUUCUGUCUCCACCCCUACUAGUCUCAGAGGUAUUUUAUAGGAAUGUUACUUUGUAACAGAUUUUCUUUUACUCCAUUGUACACAUUUGUCAAAUUCCCAUCUUUUUGUAGAGUUUCAUGUAUCCUUAAUCUGAAGUAAUUUAAAAUCAGAAUGGAAGAACAAGUUUCAUAUUUAUUAUUUACAACCUUAUAAGUAGAGCUUCUAUUCUAAUGCUUGGUUGUAAGGAGAAUGUGAAUUUGUAGGUAAAUGAAUUGUAUGGCAACCAAAUAUUAUCCCUUGGGUUUAGGAGAAAUAAGAGCCUAAGAUUUGAAAAUAAGGUCCAAGGUACAAAACAACUCUUAACUGCCAGUGCCAAAGGGCUAAUUUUUAAGCACAUAAGCUGUAUCACGGUCUUAAAAAAUGUUAGCCGUAGGUCCAUCCAGCUGUUUUAUUUAACCCUUAGUUCCCAGGUGGAUUUUGUAAAAAUGGGUCCACUCUCAAUAGAUUGCAGUAAUAUUGUAUUCUAAAAUCACACUCCACUGUUACUCUGUAGAAAACUGUACAGAAGAUAAAUAGACUAGCUUUGGUGGGAAUAUAAUUUAACUUUUUUCCCAGUGCUGGGGAUCAAACCUUAGUUAUCAUAAAGAUUCGGCAAGCCCUCUACCACAGGCUAAUGCAUCCCCAGCUCCCAAUUAAAAAUUAAUCAAAAAAUAUAUUUCUAUUUCAGUAAAAGAAAAAUGGGUGGCAUAUAUCUUUCAGCAAAAGGAGCUAUUCUCUAGUUACUCACUUGUCCUAGUUAUUCUUUGCCCUUAAGCAAUUUCUUCCUUACGAUAAAACUGACACAUUUACUGUUUCUGAUUAUGACUUAAGUGAUCAGUUAUGUUUUAAAAUCAUUGACUUCACCUCUUUGGUUAAAUGUGAGUGUGGAUGCCAAAAUUUUUUAACUAGAUAUUUCAUUUUGUUUAAAAUAUUCCUUACACUUAUGACUCCAGGGGCCAAAUCAGUCUUUGGAAGGUGCUACUGCUAACUGGGGAAUAUCUGGCAACAUGAAAGGGUAGGUUUUGUUUUUUCUUUUUUGAGAAAUAGUUGGCUUUCACUGGAAGAAGUAUAAAAAUGGCAGAGGUUAUAGCCACCUCUGUACCCAAGGUUAGGACUGGGUUGUCAGGAUUUUCUUUUAGGGAAAAUAGGAAAAAUUUCCACUAGUAAAUUUAUUGUUCUAAACUUAGAUUCAUUCCUUAAUGCUUGGAUUUUUGUUGUAUCAAAACUGGACCAGUGGAAGUGCUGAAUUUGCAAAAUAAAGCUGAGAAUAUGUAACUCUGCACUUUAAGAUUUAUGUUUUACUCUGCCUAAAUUAGUGGUAAGGAGAGUAGCCCUGAACAAUGUUUUGUUUAUACAGUCCUUUUGAGUAUAACUUAUGUCUUUUUAAACUCUGCAUCUUUUGUCUCUGUUAAAGCUGUGUAAAUCUUUUUAAAAUGCAGUUUUUAAAAAUUGUUUUCUAACAAAAUUCUCCCUCCCCCAAAGCAGCAUUUCCCGUGGUAAUAGGUAUUGUUACUAUGUCCGUAUGUAUUCCCUGUACCUGAACACUCGUUGCUGCCUCACAAGAAAAUAGAACUUUUAUGUUAAAAAUAAAGUCUGUUCUUGAGAGUUUCUGCUGUGUAUUUUUAGGAACAUUGUCUCAAAUUCGAAGUCCAUUUCUUUUCUGGCAUUUCUAGCUAUACAACAUACAUAGUGUAUUCUUCUUCACAGAUCGAUAAAAAACUGUGUUUGUGUUGAGUACAGGUUCCUUGCCACCCCUGACUUGUCAUGGAGAAGAAUGAACCUCAUCUUUGUGGUACACUCUGAGCUGACAUCAAAAUGGAACCUGAAAAAAAAAAAAAUGGAACCUGCACGCUGAGAGAUGUACUGGUUUGUUUAUAAGUGGUUCAGCAAGUCAAAGUUUGUUAAGCGUUGAUAUAGCUGGGACAGUCAGUUCUAAAGUACAAAGGGUUUUUUUCCUUUCUUUUUUUAAUUCUUGCUAAACCAGCUCUUCUUCCCCGUGGCAGUGGUUCAUCCAGUAGACCCUUGGUACCCUUGGUUGCUUCCCAAGAGGCCACCAGACGAAGAGCAGCACUGCACCAUCCUGUAACUAUACUUGACCAAAACUGUGUGUAGUAAAUCUGCGAAUAAGGUGGGCUUAUGAUGUAUCCUAGAAGCUUAGUUGGGCUGGUAAGUUCGGUCCAUAAUCACACAAUGGAGUUGGUAAGAUAAACUCAAUGAAGACUGCUCUGUGCUUUGUUAAUUUUUUUUGUUUUUGUUUUCAGUUUUAUAAAAACUUAUUUGUGGCCAGGCGCCAGUGGCUCAUGAUUAUUUGGAAGGCUGAGAUGAGGAAGGAUCACAGUUCAAGGCCAGCCUGGGCAAAUACUUUGCAAGACCCCAUCUCCAGAACAGCUAGAGCAAAGUGGACUUUAAAUGUGGUUCAAGCAGUAAGGAGAACCAGCUUUUCAAGCUUAAAACCUUGAGUUCAAACCCCACCCCUCCCCCCCUGCAAAAAAAUCUGGCUUGCUACUGACUCAUUAUUGUUAGUUCCAGAUAUUCAGGAAGCAGAGAUCAAGAGGAUUGUGGU